GUGGUGGUUUCCAAGCCGGUGUUAGCAAUGCUAUUCAAAUCUCCAUGAGGUUUAGCUGUGAUUUUUUGUCAUUUCAGGAGUUAGUUUGCUUGCUUAAAGACAGAUUAAAGUGAUCAGCUAAUUAGUAACGACAAGUAAAGUGGAAAACGUGGAGAGUCAGUGGCGGCUAAAUGUUUAGCCCUGAACUAGUCAGACUUCUAGGAUUGUACGUGUCCACAUUAGGAUCAGUUCACUAACAGUCCUCUAGUGGAGAGGAGGCCUGCAGUCAUGGCAGGCAGAGGCCGGGGAGUAGCUGCCUUCACCUUCAACAUCGACGCUCUGGGCAUCAGCAGGGGCAGCAUGCCAGAAGCCAGGGUGGGGCCCAGUCCGCUGUUUCCAAGCACAGACUUUAAACCAGUCCCGCUGAAAGCUGGUGAAGACGAGGACUACAUGCUGGCCUUAAAACAGGAGAUGAGGGGAACAAUGCAACGGCUGCCGCACAACAUCAAGCUUCAGUCCAAUAAAUCAGAAGUGGAGAAAUAUACUGAGCGAUACCUGAAGCAAAGUCAGAUUGAGGAUGAAGAAUGGACUCCAGACUGGAACCUCUUUCCAAAAGAAUUGAUGCCACAAAUUAAAAGAACUCGUGCUAAAGCAGGCACCAAGAAGAAAACAGUGAAGAUAUCACGCAAAGACACAGAGGACAUGCUGAACAAGUUAGACGCACUAGCAAAGAAAGAUGAUGGAAACCCUGAAAAUUCCGAUGAAGAGACUGAAAAGAAACCCAAGAAUGAGGAGGAAGAGGAAAUUGAAGCAGAAGAAUACGAUGAAGAGGAUAUUGAAGAGGAAAACGACUACAUUGACAGCUAUUUCGACAAUGGAGAAGAUUUUGCUGCAGGCAGCGAUGACAACAUGGACGGUGAAGCGACAUACUGAGACAGACAGCGUGGCUCAGCCGUUCAAACUCAAGCAAGCAUUGAAUUAAACAGCCAUUAUGUGGUUGUCUCUAUUGGUUAAAUAUUGUAAAUACGUUGGGAAAACUUGUUUACAAGAGUGAUGCUCUGUUUGCUUUAUUUUUGUGUGAUCUUAAGAAGUGAGCUCUGUUUGAAAAAAAAAAUGUAAAUAAGAAAUGCAAAACUAUGUGCACACUGGCAAUAAUUUAUUCAAAAUAGAUGUAUUUAUUCUUCAGCCUGUAGACAGAUUCCACAGGUUGAAAGGCACAUACUGUCAACAACAUGUAAAUGCUUUGUCAUAAAAUAUCAAGUGAACACAGUGAUAAAAUAAAAGGGCUAUAUACCAAAGUCUAAAAUUUCACAUAAUUACAAAUAUGAGUCACUGUGGGAAUACUGUGCAUCUCCCAUUUUUCUCACCAUGCUCUUCGAGGUUUGUUUUUUUUCUUCUUUUUACAAAAAAAAUGCAGUUUUCUCCAGGCAAGCUAAAAGCAAGGACAGAUCCAAGCAACUUGAAAUUCAUAAACAUAAUUUAUCUGAUAAUCAAUACUGAUAAUGUAAGUAGAAAUUAAUGCUCAAUCUUGAAAUAAAUUAAUUCUAAUUCAACACAGUGGCAGCAAUCUUACUUUUCCAACAAACAAUAUUGGAAAAUUCACUAUAUUACUAGUAUGGCAAAAAAAAAAUACAGCUGGUCCAAACCAAAUCCACAGAAUGAACGAUUCACUGAAAAGGUGGCCACUGGACCAUCAUUGGAUCAAAUGAGACAAACUAGUGUUGGUAUCUGUCUUGGUCUGUUUGUGUGCACCGUGGAUGAUGGCAAAAGCACCACCUAAUUCUACUGGAUACAUGAUUAAACUCUUGAAAUUCAUAAAUUUUGAAAAAGUUCAACCUAGCCUAAUAUUUGUUAGUCAAACCAGACACAAAUCUGGGACAGAGUUGGACCCAUUUUUUUAGUCCUUCAGCACUUCUUGUUGAAAAGGAUGUAAAUGUAAAUGUACAAACACAAGGAACAACUGUGGCCACACCCGUAUUCCUCCUCUCCCAGUUCUUUAAAAUGUCUGUUCCCACAACAUCCCAGCCCGAAAGAUUGCACUGAUGUAUGUAGCAAUUACUCGAAAAUGGGAACAUCCAUCAAGCUUUAUUAGGUCUCUGAGUUAACAAUUUGUAUGUAAAAUUAAAA